GGUGCCUUUUUCCGCUACAUGCUGCAGCAGUGCAUCAAGCAAGAGCUCAUCUGCAAGUGGAUCGACCCCGAGCAGCUGAACAGCCCCAAAAAAAGUUGCAAUAAAACUUUCAGCACCAUGCACGAGUUGGUCACCCACGUCUCGGUGGAGCACGUCGGGGGACCCGAGCAGAGCAACCACGUCUGCUACUGGGAGGAGUGUCCCCGCGAAGGCAAGCCCUUCAAGGCGAAAUACAAACUGGUCAACCACAUCCGAGUGCACACGGGAGAGAAGCCCUUCCCCUGCCCCUUCCCCGGCUGCGGGAAAGUUUUCGCCAGAUCGGAAAACCUCAAAAUCCACAAAAGGACGCACACAG